UUAGCUUUGUGAUAGUGAAUCAAGAGCUGAAGGGGUAUGUUGUUACGCGCCUCAUUCCCGCCGAAUCACAUGUAUCGAUUUUCCUGUACACUCGCCAGAGAAGAUGUAUUCUUGUGGCUAUGAUGGAAGUCUGAGAUGUGGAGAUAUGCAAAAAGAAAUCUUCAUGGAUGUAUUCAAUGAACCAGAGGAUGAUGUUUUGUUGAGGAAUUUCGUUUUCACGUCUCCACACACUAUGUUGGUGUCUGAAAACACAGGGUGUGUAGCCUGUGUCGACACAAGAACAGCCAGCACCACAGCUGAACAGAUGUAUAAAUUAAGUCACAAAUCUUUUAGGACUGUCAGUUGUCAUCCAACACAGCCCUACUACUUUUGUACAGCGGGUGUUGCAGGGGGCUUUAGUGUUUGGGAUCAAAGGAACUUGAAACCGAAGAAGAGCAAAGCUUUAUGCGAGCUUGCUUUUGGAAAAAACAUUAACAGUGCAUAUUUCUCACCUGUGACUGGGAAACACAUUCUGGCGACAUCAAUCAACGAUAAAUUAAGAAUUUAUGACAGUUCAAAAAUUGGGCCAAAUAUUAAAGUGAAAAGAUGCAUUUGUCAUAACAAUCGAAAUGGACGUUUGACAUUCAGAGCUGCUUGGCACCCUGCCAGAGAAGAUUGUUUUAUUGUUGGCAGUAUGAACUGGCCUAGAGAGAUAUCACUGAUCAGUGUUGCUGGCAAAAAGCUGCAUGCCUUUAGAGAUGAAGAGUACGUAAACAGUGUAUGCUUCCUGCAUGCUCUACAUCCAACUCUUAACCUGGUUGCCGGCACCAAUAAUAGUGGCAGAGUGUUUGUGUUUAUGUGAUUAUAAAACAGGAGAUGGUGUACAAGGCACGUUGUGUGUUUAUACUUAGACAUGUGUUCAUAAUAUUGUGUUCAUUGAAGUGUUGCGUUACAAAGCAGACUGUGUUAAAAAACAGACUGUGAUUGAAAGAAUAUAGUGAACUUUACAAAAGUAAUUUGUUAACAUUACCAGAAAAUGUGAAGAAAGUGGUCAUAUGAUGUCAUAUUUGCACAUUGCAAUAUUCAGGUCUGUUGACAAGUGAUAUUUACCAUAACUGUGUUCAGAAAUUAAUCUCAGGAAAAUGUUGUUGUUUAUUUGCAUGUUAUUUUUUUUAUUUUCCCACCAUAUGAUAUGGUUAGGGGUACACUAGAAUCACAUUUUUGUUUGCAAUUCUCAGAUUUGAUAUUUUCAGACUUAACUUUAAAUAAACAUAAAAGAUGAA